AUUCAGGAUCUGGGAUUGGCAACAUCACGAGGUAGAGGGAAAUGCAAGAACCCCUCUUGUAGUUAUGUGUAUACCAACAGGCACAAGCCACGAAUCUGUCCAAGCUGUGGAUACAAUCUUGCCAAAGACAGAGCUGAGAAAACAGCCAAACCCUUGGAGGUCCCUGCGGGUCAGCCUGACGUGCUGAACCCCAGCGAGCCCCUGAGCCCCUCCCAGAAGGAGACCCAGCGCCAGUCCACGCUGCAGCUGCUGCGCAAGGUCCUGCAGAUCCCCGAGAACGAGUCGGAACUGGCCGAGGUCUUCGCCCUCAUCCACGAGCUCAACAGCUCCCGCCUCAUCCUGUCCAACGUGAGUGAGGAGACAGUCACCAUAGAGCAGACCUCCUGGUCAAACUACUAUGAGUCUCCAUCUGCGCAGUGCCUCCUCUGUAACAGCCCGCUGUUCAAAGGGGGACAGAAUUCCCUUGCUGGUCCUCAGGAGUGCUGGCUGCUGACAGCCAACAGAUUACAGGUGGUUACAGCUCAGGUCAAAGUGUGCUUGAACCUGCAGUGUCUGGCCCUCCAUAGCUUCACUGAUAUUUACACAGGUCUUUUCAAUGUGGGUAACAAGCUGCUAGUGAGCUUGGAUCUUCUGUUUGCAAUCCGAAACCACAUCAAACUUGGAGAGGAUCCCAGAGUGGCUGUUGGCAAUAUUCUCGACUCUGUUCAGGAGCAAACUGUAAAAAGCCUGAGCCCUGAUGAGAGGGUUCAGCUCCAGGAACUGCUGUGCAAUGGCUACUGGGCCUUUGAGUGCCUAACAGUCCGGGAUUACAAUGACAUGAUCUGUGGGAUAUGUGGCAUAACCCCCAAGGUGGAAAUAGCCCAGAGGAAUGCGGAGAAUGUCCUGGCACUGAAAAAUAUAGAGUUUACUUGGCCAGAAUACUUGCCACCAAGUGAAGUGAAUGUAGAAGAAUUCUGGUCCACCAUGGAGACAGAGGUGAUUGAGCAGGUGGCUUUUCCUUCUAGCAUCCCCAUCACAAAGUUUGAUGCCUCUAUUAUUGCUCCUUUCUUCCCUCCACUGAUGAAAGGAGCAGUGGUGAUCAAUACUGAGAAGGACAAGAACCUGGAUGCACGGCCGGUGCCAGGUAAUGGGAGUGUCUUGGUGAGGCUCCUUCAGGAUGAAAUCUUGAAGCUUGAGCUGAUCAGCUCCUACAGUGAGGAAGAGCUGCAGAGCUUUCUGACACAGUGUAGCAUCCCCUGGGAGGCUUCAGACACAAAGGACCAGCUCUGCUACUCCCUGCUGGCUCUCUAUGAGUUUGUGCAGAAUGGGUCAAGCAUCACACCAGCCUCUCCUCAUCACACAGGAGGGAAAAUCUACAAAGUGUGUCCACAUCAGGUUGUGUGUGGCUCAAAGUACAUAGUAAGAGGAGAAAACGCCCGGGAUCACGUGGACUUGUUGGUUUCCUCCCGUCACUGGCCUCCAGUGUAUGUUGUUGAUACAGCCUCUUCAGUGGCACUGUGUGCAGACAUCUGCUGGCCCGGCCUGACUGCCCAGAUGUGGGGGAAGAACCAGGGCUGCUUCUCUGACCCCAUGGAUCCUCCAAUGUACGUCUCCUGCCCCGAGCUGCUGGACCAGCCCUGCAGCGUGGACGUGGCGGCGGCCGAGCCCUCCCUGCAGCAC